AUGCCUGGACAGUCAAGGAGACUGGUGUGCCUUGUGCAGGCCCGCGUCGGCACCGGAGGACACCUACGCCGCUCACCACAGGGUAAUCUUGUGCGUUGUCUUUCAACCACAACUCCCCAUCGGACGUCUCGACGGACGCCAGACCUCAAUUCCGGCUUCACAGGCAGCUAUGACCCCACGGCUGAGUUGGGCCGAGGUCCCAUGUUCAAUAAGGCCAAGUUCGGAGUCCCCCAAUUCUAUCCGCGGGACCUGAAGAAACGAGUCGAUGAGUACGUUGUAGGCCAAGAGAGGGCGAAGCGAACCAUUUGCUCAACACUUUUCAACCAUUAUCAGAAGCUUCGAAGACGUCAUCAGCACGAACAUGAGCAGAGGAACUUCCAGGAGAAGAUGAUGCGUCAGCGUUUUGCUCGUGACCGCGAGUUGCAUCAAAAGAGGACAGACAUGCAUCCCGUGGAAGGAAACUCGAGAUUAACACUUUUCAUCUCAGAUGAAUUUCCUGGGCACAGCGAGUCGGUCAGGCAACUGCAUGACGCAACAGAGUUUGAACAAGACCCUCUUGAUCAUUUAUAUGUCGCAGACGAUCCGUUGAUGCAGGAGCAUGUCAAGAUUGAUAAAAGUAACUUGCUGUUGAUUGGGCCAACAGGAGUCGGCAAGACAUAUAUUCUAGAAACCUUGAGCAAGCAAAUUCAUGUCCCAUUUUCGAUAUGCGACUGCAAUUCCCUGACCCAGGCAGGCUACAUUGGACAGGAUGUGGAGACCUGCAUCGAGCGGCUUCUCAUUGAAGCCAGCUACGAUAUCAAAGCUACAGAGUACGGAAUUGUGGUGCUAGAUGAGUUCGACAAGCUUGCCAGAAGAGAGUCCCCGACAGGCCGUGAUGUCGGCGGAGAAGGCGUACAACAAGCCCUGCUCAAGUUGGUCGAGGGGACCAAGGUUACUAUUAACGUCAAGGAUAACCGAUCAUCAAGGUCAACACCACCAAUUACAACGAACUAUAGUUCUAGCGGAUCGUCAUCUUCCGCACCGCAGGCUGCUCCUCCAGGAGGGAAAGUCGAUCAGUACACAAUCGACACCAGCAACAUCUUAUUCGUCUUCUGUGGUGCGUUUGUCGGUUUGGAUAAACUCGUGUUACAGCGCGUAGCCAAGCCGUCAAUGGGCUUCGGUGGUGAGUUGAGAGGUCGGUCGACACUCUCUGGAAGCAAGGACGUCCUCCCUUCGAGCGUAUACGAGCAUGUUGCUCAUCAUGACGCCAUGCCAGAAGCCUCGUUCACACCCCUAGAUCUCGCAACACCCGCAGAUCUACAAAGCUUUGGAUUUAUCCCCGAACUAAUAGGACGCCUACACAACAUCUGUGCCCUGAGUCCCUUAUCCACCAGCGACCUGCUCCGUGUACUCACAGAACCCCGAAACAGCCUUGUGGCGCAAUACACGGCACUGUUCGAGACGUACCCGUCGCGACUGUAUUUCACUGAAAGGUCACUUUACGCCAUUGCAGUUAGAGCUGCAGCUACUGGAACUGGUGCCAGGGGUCUGAAGAUGGAAAUGGAACGAGUUCUUGCCGAGCCAGUGUUUGAUGCCCCCAUGCCGUACGUUGUCAUCACAGAAGACUGCGUCAAUGGAUCGGGUAAGGCAAUAUACUGGGGCAAGGACGGCAGAUUUGAAGUAGACAGGCGAUUGGAAGAAGAGAGUAUGAGUCGCCAAGACUCGCUACCGCGGAUGACCUUUGAGCGCCUGAGGGAAGCCGGGCAAAGUGGAGGAUAA